CCCAAAUACCAUGCAUUAUUGAAAAUUGCUUGCUCUAUAUGGCCCGGUUGGAAGAGCACAUCAUCGCAUCCCUGGGCCGCCCCGCACUGGAAUCCCGUUGAGAUCAUUCAUCCGCGCCUGCACUCGCCGCAGCCAUGGCGAACAAAAGGGGGCGGCAGACGUACAGAUUCUCCAUUUUGGCCUGGUCAGGCCGCAUCCCUGAACCAGGGAGCGUCGAAUGCUUACGGCCAAAACCUCGUUGUUGGUGCUUCAUACUCUCAUGCCAAUAUUCCACAAGGUGCGCCAUCGAACCCACGUCCGAAGACACCGCCUCGGGCAUCUGCUGCCAAUGCCCCAUACCCCGCGUCGCACUUGACGAACCGAUCUGGAAAUGUGGUCGCCUCCCCUCCCCGCGCCCCAUACCCUGGCAUCAUGGCACAAGGGGUGGACGAAUGGAGCCGUGACCCUACUGAAGAAGACGACGACGACGACGAUGAUGAUGACGAAAUCGUGUAUGAUGAUGAUGAAGAUGAAUUUGGGCUUCCAAGCCUUGCCAGCAUGAGACGAAAGAAGUCGGCACCUUUCAGUGCUAAGCAUGUUGAUCUUGGCGGCACAAUGGGGGGAAUCCCGCUUCUUUGGGUUUUGGAUUGGCGUCAAAUAACAGACAGCGCGCCAACAGCUCGGACAUUGCCGAAGAACGUGGCACCCCGAUGUACCCUACGGCACGGAAGGGCGAAGGCAAAAUCCUUCGACCGCAGUAUAAGGAUAUCUUACAAGGAAAGAGAGAUUCACACCAGUCGCAUUUCGCGAAUCAACAAGUUCAAGCGCAUUCUGCAGGCCAGCACUGUGUCUCUCACAGAACUCAGAGACCUGGCUUGGUCUGGAGUUCCUGAAGAAGUUCGGCCAAUGACCUGGCAACUUCUGCUCGGGUACCUUCCUACGAACAGUGAAAGACGUAUAUCAACUCUUGAGAGAAAGCGCAAAGAGUACCUUGACGGCGUACGACAAGCAUUUGAACGUGGUAGUGGAGCAGCGGCUGGAAACCCUCCUGCCUCUAGCACGCCGGGCCGAGGAAGGGGACUAGAUGAGGCAAUCUGGCAUCAAAUCAGUAUUGACGUUCCUCGAACUAGUCCCCAUAUCCCUCUGUAUGGAUAUGAGGCUACUCAAAGAUCCCUGGAGCGUAUCCUUUAUGUAUGGGCCAUUCGUCACCCGGCAAGUGGCUACGUUCAAGGUAUUAAUGACCUUGUCACUCCGUUCUGGCAAGUGUUUUUGGGAGUUUAUAUCACCGACCUCAAUGUUGAGGAAGGAAUGGACCCUGGCCAGCUCCCUCGCAGUGUGCUGGAUGCUGUCGAGGCUGACACGUUCUGGUGUCUGACGAAACUCCUGGAUGGUAUCCAAGACAACUACAUCUAUGCCCAGCCCGGUAUUCACCGGCAAGUCAGAGCCUUACGAGAUUUGACGAAGCGUAUUGAUUCGGCCCUGGCCGCUCAUCUUGAACAGGAAGGCGUGGAGUUUAUGCAAUUUAGUUUUCGGUGGAUGAAUUGCUUGCUCAUGCGGGAAAUGAGCAUUAAGAAUACAAUACGCAUGUGGGACACAUAUAUGGCUGAGGAGCAGGGCUUCUCACGAUUCCACCUCUAUGUCUGUGCCGCAUUUUUAGUGAAGUGGACUGACCAAUUAGUGAAGAUGGAUUUCCAGGAAGUCAUGAUGUUUCUUCAGGCACUGCCUACGAAGGAUUGGACGGAAAAAGACAUCGAGCUUUUGCUGAGCGAAGCGUUUAUCUGGCAGAGUUUGUUCCAGGACUCACGCGCUCAUCUUCGGCCUACUGGCAACGAGCCCCCAGAAAAUGGUAUCUUUUAUUGA